AUGACAGGGGCCCAUUCCCUAAAUUCAGCCAUGCCACCGCCGCCUCCCCCACUGCCAGGUGUGGUAGGGAUCCCUCCCCCUCCCCCACUGCCUGGCAUGGCAGGCAUCCCUCCCCCUCCCCCGCUGCCUGGUAUGGUAGGCAUCCCUCCCCCUCCCCCGCUGCCAGGCAUGGUAGGCAUCCCUCCCCCUCCCGCUCUUCCUGGUGCUGCAGGAGUGCCACCUCCACCCCCACCACUCCCAGGCAUGCCACCUCCUCCUCCCCCACUGCCUGGGAUGGAAGGGUUACCACCCCCUCCCCCACUGCCAGGCAUCCCACCUCCUCCACCUCUGGGAGUCAACAUAGAGGAAAUUGUCCCCGCGUGGGCCAACGCUCUUAGCUAUGCCACACCACCCCCUAAAAGAAGGAAGAUGCCAACGCUGAGGAUGAAGAAGCUGAAUUGGCAGAAGCUCCCCACCAAUGUGGUGAGAGAGAGUCACUCCAUGUGGGCAUCAGUAACAAGCACGAGUGAAGAAUAUAUUGAGCCGGAUUAUUCUAAAAUAGAACAGUUGUUUUGCUUUCCACAAACCAAGCCCAAAUCAAAGGAAGUUGCACCAGUGAAGACAGAACCAAAAGAGAUUACAUUUCUAGAUUCCAAAAAGAGUCUUAAUUUGAAUAUAUUUUUGAAGCAAUUUAAGUGCACAAAUGAGGAGGUGGUUAAAAUGAUUCAGGAAGGUGACAGAACAAAGUUUGAUGUUGAAGUGCUCAAGCAGCUUCUUAAACUCCUACCGGAAAAACAUGAAAUAGAAAAUUUGAAAGCUUUCAAAGAAGAAAAGGAAAAAUUAGCAAAUGCAGAUCAGUUCUAUCUUCUGCUCCUUGGAGUUCCUAGCUACCAACUGAGGAUUGAAUGUAUGCUGAUAUGUGAAGAGACUGCAGUUCUGCUGGAGAUGUUGCAGCCCAAAGCAGAAACAGUAAGGAGGGCUUGUGAAGAUCUCCUCUCAAGCCAUCGGUUGCCCAUUUUCUGUCAAUUGAUUCUCGAUGUUGGAAACUUCCUGAACUAUGGAAGUCACACAGGAGACGCCGAUGGCUUUAAAAUUGGUACUUUGCUCAAGUUAACAGAAACUAAAGCAAACCAGACUCGCAUUACACUGCUCCACCAUAUAUUAGAGGAAGUGGAAAAAAAUCACACCGAUUUGCUUCAACUUCCCAAAGAUCUUGAAUGUGUUUCAAAGGCAGCUGGAAUCAAUCUAGACGUGAUUCAUUCUGAAUCCAGCUCCAAUAUAAAGAAAUUGCUGGAACUUGAACGGAAGCUGACAUCCUCAAUAGAAGAAGUGAAAGCCCAAUAUAGAACAGCCAUUCAGGAUAGUUUGACUGCUAACCAAAAGCUGGAGGAUGAGUUUGAACUCAUUGAAACUAAGAGAACAGAACUUGCUAACUAUCUCUGUGAAGAUCCGAACAAAUUGUCUUUGGAGGAGAUAUUUAAUACCAUGAAAACCUUCCGUGAUCUCUUCAUCAAAGCACUAAAGGAAAACAAGGACCGAAAGGAACAAGCAGCCAAAGCUGAGAAAAGGAAGAAACAGUUGGAAGAAGAAGAAGCUAAGAGGCCAAAAGGAGAAGAUGGGAAAACCAUUAAGAAAGGAGCUGUCAAACAAGAGGAGGUGUGUGUUAUUGAUGCUUUGCUGGCUGACAUAAGGAAGGGAUUCCAGCUACGAAAAACAACCAGGAACAAAAAUGGCACAGACACUCCCAUGAAAACAACACCUCAGAGAGGAAGAGUGAUUGACCAAAGCAUUCAGGAUGUGAAAGACCCAGAGCAAGAAGAUGAUUCAAGGGUGCAAAAUAAUUUCCAGGACCAAGUAGAAAAUGCAAAGUCUUCAGAAGGGGCUACCAUAAAUGAGAAAUCUGAGAUGGCUACUGACUCGUUGAAUUUACAGACACCGCCUGAUGCCAUUGGGAAUGGCAUCUCUUCUCCAGCCCAGGCAGAUCCCGAAAAGGCCUCAUUACAUUCUUCCGUUUUGGAGGAAAAUAGAGAAGCCCCAAAUGGAACAAAUUUACAAAAGGAAAAUGACUCCUGUUCCUUUCAUGAUGCCAACAGCCAUGAUUUAGUGUUGUCUCACUCCAUUUCUUUUGUAGAGUUUACAAGUGAUAACUCAGGACAUUCAACUAGCCUGAAUAUUAAAGCUGAUGAGGUUGACUUAGGGGACCCAGCUAGUAGAACUGAACCUGAUGGCUCAUUGAACCAUUUAAAUUUUCUUCAGUACUUAAAUAAAAUGUUGAAAAGGGAACCUUUCUCCCUCUGUAAUGCAGAAAUGGAUAGGGAGAAGCUCUACACCAAAAGUGCCUGUCGGAUAACUUUCAUUUUUAAAAAUAUUGAUCAGUUUUGGACCCUAACAUGA